CUGAAGUCCACAGUGAACCAAUGUUCCCCACCCCCAUGCCCCCACUCUCCCUUCUGGGUCCUGAUAAAGAGCUACACUGUUCUUGAGUAUUUUGGAAAUGAAAACCUUUCAACUUUCUAGGGCUUUCCUACUUCACUCAGAAAUUCUAAACUCAGUACCAGGUCUGAAAUGCACCUAAAGGCUGAAAGCAGCAAGGGCACCAUUUCUGUGCCUCUGCACGCCUGCCCUGUUGUCCGUGGAGCCAGGCAAAAGGCUGCCACCACUCGUAGUUGGAAAACAAUGAGUUCCUUUUGACUGAAUAUGAAUAUUGAGGAAAUCUGAUGGAAAGAGGGAAAUGCAUUUCAUAUCAUUCCACUGGAGCAAUUAGUGCGCUGGAGCAAUUGCAGCACACUAAGCAAUUAUAGAAAUGUAACCUUUGGCAACCCUAUAUUGGGAUCAUAGAGAAGAAGUGGGUGAGAGGAGGAGGCUGAACUUUCUCAGUCAAGACAAGGAAACAUAACUUCUAAUUUAAAUUUCAGAGAAUUGCAAAAACGCUGUCUUCCUUUCUAAAUCAGAAGGCAAGAAAGUGAAGGGUCCAUCUGAUAAGAAUCAAGGAAUCUUUUUUCAACGCAACUGUAACCUUUAGUUCCUGCAAGUUACUUGGGAGCUGAUCAAGACUUCAAGCUAAAGAUGGUGAUGAUGAGUUGCCUGAGGGUCAUUCUUCAAGCCUCUCCAUGCAAGGCGCUGUGGAGAAGGUUCCAGAUUCCGAGGUCCAUGCUAGCAAGGCCCUGCAGCCUCUACACCUGCACGUACAAAACCCGGAACGGAGCCUUGCAACCUCUCUGGGAGAGCGUGGACCUGGUCCCGGGGGGUGACCGCCAGUCGCCCAUCAACAUCCGGUGGAGGGACAGUGUCUACGAUCCUGGCUUAAAACCGCUCACCAUCUCUUACGACCCGACCACCUGCCUCCACGUCUGGAAUAAUGGGUACUCUUUCCUCGUGGAAUUUGAAGACUCUGCAGAUAAGUCAGUGAUCAAGGGAGGACCCCUGGAACACAGCUACCGAUUAAAGCAGUUCCAUUUUCACUGGGGGGCCGUUGAUGCCUGGGGCUCCGAGCAUACUGUGGACAGCAAAUGUUACCCAGCAGAGCUGCACUUGGUGCAUUGGAAUGCAGUCAAAUUUGAAAACUUUGAGGAUGCAGCACUGGAAGAAAAUGGUUUGGCUGUGAUAGGAGUAUUUUUAAAGCUAGGCAAGUAUCAUAAAGAGCUACAGAAAUUGGUGGAUAUUUUGCCAUCAGUUAAGCACAAGGACAUGCUUGUGGAAUUUGGGUCAUUCAACCCUUCCUGUCUGAUGCCUACCUGCCCAGAUUACUGGACCUACUCAGGGUCCCUGACUACCCCGCCACUCUCUGAGUCUGUCACUUGGAUCAUUAAGAAGCAGCCCAUAGAGGUUGAUCAUGAUCAGCUUGAGCAAUUUCGGACCCUGCUCUUCACUUCUGAGGGGGAGAAAGAGAAAAGAAUGGUGGACAACUUCCGCCCCCUUCAGCCCCUAUUGAACCGCACUGUCCGCUCAUCCUUCCCUCACGACUAUGUGCUGAACAUACAAGCAAAACCCAAGUCGUCUACCAGCCAAGUACCCCCUUAGACGCCAUUAUCUAGGUGGUAUCUUGCUUAAAUAUGUACUAGUUCUUUAAAAGUUGCUAACUAGACUCUUUUAAAUGCCUGCAUUUAAUAAUUAUGGAUGUGCCUUUCUUGGUAUGGCAGUGCUCCUUAGUCUUUGAGGGAAGCUCUUUGGUAAACAAAUUCUUACUUUUAUUGAUAAUGAUGUUUAUCACUGAAGUACCAGCAAGAGACACAAAUUUCUCUUAUAGCAACCUGCUGGUAAUUGUAAUGUCUUUUUAUGUGUGACAUUUUUUUUUUAAUUAAUUUAUUUGUUUAUUUUUGGCUGUGUUGGGUCUUCGUUUCUGUGCGAGGGCUUUCUCCAGUUGCCGCGAGUGGGGGCCACUCUUCAUCGCGGUGCGCGGGCCUCUUACUGUCGCGGCCUCUCCCGUUGCGGAGCACAGGAUCCAGACGCGCAGGCUCAGUAGUUGUGGCUCACGGGCUUAGUUGCUCCUUGGCAUGUGGGAUCUUCCCAGACCAGGGCUCGAACCCGUGUCCCCUGCAUUGGCAGGCAGAUUCUCAACCACUGCGCCACCAGGGAAGCCCUGUGUGACAUUUUUGAGCUGUCUUUUUAUUGAUAUGUUUAUCAAUUGGUGGUUCUACAGAGUUAUAAGUAGGGAUGAUAAUCAAAAUAUUUAACAACUGCUAAGGCACAGACACUGACCAUCCCGAAUGCAGGCUUUUCAGAAACAGCCACAGGACCCAGAUUGGUACUUCUUGGCUGAGCAUUGGCUAUGGUUUUAGGUAUAUUUUAUUUUAAAACAUGAAUGUGUAUUCUUUUAUAAGGCCUUCUCAAUGGGUAUAUUUGCCUCGAUUUUCACCUGUCAUUACUAGUACAGGAUAUGAUUACUUACUAUCAAUUUAAAAUACAGAAAAAAUAUUUUGUGAGCUUCCUUGGCGGCGCAGUGGUUAAGAA